CGGCGCGGCCCUCGAGCUUGGGACGCUUUGGUGCGCUUGCAGGCGUGUCAGGGCGCUUCCGUACAUCACAUCGAUCGUGCAAGCGGCCAGCAUUAAAAGCCGUGCACGUAUCAGGCUCCAAAGCCCUUUUACAGCCUCUCCUCUCACAACCUCUCACAGCCUCUCACAGCGAGCUGCACCCUGCCCGCUGCACAGAAAUCACUGCUCGGUUGCAAAAUAAUGUCAGCGGUCCUAGACGAGGAAGAAGAAACCGAGGAGCAGCGCUACCAGCGCUUCUUCGGUCCGGCCGAGAGCAGCACGGAAGACGACGAGAGUAGUGACGAGGAGGAAGCGCCACCGGCGCCACGGCUCGCCAUCGAGAGCGAGGCGUCGGCGCUGCUCGCGAAGCUCAUCGGAGAGGUCCUCGCCGAGGCGAAGACGCGCCCGGAGCGCGAGACUGCCCGAUUAGCCUGCGCCGCCGCUGGCUCCUUUUUAGCCCAAAUCCCGGGCGCCGCCGGCGCGUUCGAGGGCGAGGCCUCGCGCGAGGACGUGCUGGCCGAGGGCCCGAGCGCGACGCUGUGCGUCGCGCGGGGCGCGCGCUUCACGGCGCUCGACGACUUGAAUGACGCGCCGCCGCCGCCGGUCGACGCGGGCGCGACGUGGGCGUGCCUCGUCGGCCGGCCGUGGCCCGCGAGCGAGCGGCCCGCGCGCGCGCGGCGCUACGUGCUGGCCGUGCGCCGCGGCGUCGUCGUCCGCGCGACGCAGACGAGCUCCGGCGCGCUCGCGAGACCGGACGCCAGCCGGCACUUAUUGGCGCUCUGCCGCUGCGUCGACGCGCUGGGCCGCUGCGGCGUCGACACGAGCGCGGCGCGGGUCCACGCCUGGGUCGACGACGCCAUGUCGGGCACGCGGGAGGCGCCGGUCGCGCACCUCGUCGCCGUCGAGCCGCUCGGUCACGCCGACGACGACGCCCUCGCGGCGGCGCUGGGAGCCGGCCCCGAGCUCGUCUACCGCGCCGUCGAGGCGGAGUAA